ACCGCCAGAAAUAAAUAUCAUAAUAUUUAAUAAAAAUUUAGUUUAAAAAACGCUCAUAUGAUCUACGUUCUUUUAUAAAUAUAUAUUAAUGGCAAAUAAUGCUCUAUUUGGACCUAAUAUUGUUCUUCCAUCGCUACCUGACUUGAAAUCAGAUUGUGAAGAAGAGCUAUUGAAAUUGAUGAAAGAAAUUGAUUUGGAAUUCAAAAAUAGAACCAAAGAUCUUCAAGAAAAGUUAUUACAGUCAAGGUCUAAAUGUCAAACACAAGCAAAGGAGAUUGCUUUACUAACUUCUAAACAGGAUAGCAAACGUGAUGAUCAUAGAAAUUUAGAGCAGAAAGUUGAAAAACUGAAAAACGAAGUCAGUCUUCUACGAAAAGAAAAUUCAACCUUAAAAACAAGAGUUGAGUCUUGUACAAAAUAUGAAGAAGAAGUUGAAAAAUAUAAAAGAAUUAUUUUUUCUGAGCAGGAGAAAAAUGGAUUCUUGGAGAAGAAAUUAAUCUCAUCAGAAGAGGAUUUAAGAGAAGUGCUAAAUGAAAAUAAAAAACUAAAAGCUUUUUUAACCGCUUUGCAACAAAAUAAUUUUAGAAAUGAUUCAAGUUUUGUGAAUGACCUGGUCACUGCUGAAACAGAGAAAUACCAUCAGGAAGAAACUGUACUGAUUAAUGAGUUUCAAUCCCAAAUGGAAAGAAGAAUUGAUGACUUGGAAAGAAAGCUGAAAGAAAAAUUUGAAAUUUAACUCAUUUGUACAAUGAUCCUUUCUAUUAUGUAAUGCAUAAAUCACAAGCUUAUUCUCUCUCUUUUUUUUUAACCCAGA